GUCCACCGCUGGAAAAAACCUCAUCACUCUUUCUCUCUCUAUUUAACUUCCCCAUCUCCGAGUGUUCGACAUUGUCUAGGAAAUUAGAACCCACCUUAAAAUCUCACAUAUUUUGCAAAAAAUAAGAAAAUAUACAACCUUGGACUAGAACCAAAGAAGAAGAAGAACAAGGAGCCGAGGUUUUAAUAGGAAAAAGGAAUUCAUUAAAUGGCUACUAAUGGAGAUCAUGCUUCUUCAAAGCCGCCUCCAAGCCCCUCUCCUCUAAGAAAUGCUAAAUUCUUUCAGGCGAAUAUGAGAAUUUUGGUCACUGGAGGUGCUGGGUUCAUUGGCUCUCACCUAGUAGACAAGCUGAUGGAAAACGAGAAGAAUGAGGUUAUUGUUGCGGACAACUACUUCACUGGCUCAAAGGACAACCUUAAGAAAUGGAUUGGCCAUCCUAGAUUUGAGCUAAUCCGUCAUGAUGUCACUGAGCCAUUGCUGGUUGAGGUUGAUCAAAUAUUCCAUCUUGCUUGCCCUGCUUCUCCGAUCUUCUACAAACACAAUCCAGUAAAGACAAUAAAGACAAAUGUGAUCGGCACAUUGAACAUGCUGGGACUUGCCAAACGAGUUGGAGCAAGGAUUUUGCUCACAUCUACUUCAGAGGUGUACGGAGAUCCUCUUAUUCAUCCUCAGGUUGAGAGCUAUUGGGGAAACGUGAAUCCAAUUGGAGUUAGGAGUUGCUAUGAUGAGGGAAAGCGAGUGGCUGAAACAUUGAUGUUUGAUUAUCACAGGCAGCACGGCAUAGAGAUCCGGAUUGCUAGGAUUUUCAACACUUAUGGACCUCGCAUGAAUAUUGAUGACGGCCGUGUUGUCAGCAACUUCAUAGCCCAAGCUAUCCGAAAUGACCCCUUGACUGUUCAAUCGCCUGGAACACAGACAAGGAGUUUCUGCUAUGUCUCUGACAUGGAGACAACACUGGUCCAAUCAACAUUGGAAAUCCAGGUGAAUUUACAAUGCUUGAACUCGCAGAGAAUGUCAAGGAGCUUAUCAAUCCUAAGGUGGAGAUUAAAAUGGUUGAAAACACACCUGAUGAUCCUCGCCAGAGGAAGCCUGACAUCUCAAAAGCAAAGGAGUUACUGGGAUGGGAACCAAAGGUCAAGUUGCGUGACGGUCUGCCCCUUAUGGAGGAUGAUUUCCGUACAAGACUUGGUGUUCCCAGAAAUUGAUGAAGAAUGUAGCAUAGAAAUCGAGGGUGAUGGAGGUGCAAUUUUGUAAAUUCGCUUGCCUCCAUCGUGUGCGACACAUCAUUACUCCAUAUGUUUCUCAAGCAGAAGAAUAAGUGGUUUUAUUGUUUUCAUUUGUCAUGUUAUGUUUGUUUACUCGAACAUCUUGUAUUUGAUUUUAUAUGAAAGAGCGUUUUUUGGUUCUGUGUUUUAAGUGUUUGCUUUGUCGAGCAAAGUUGAUGGUUAUUUUGUAGUGAUCAAAUAUUACUGGUAUUGUGAUUUCGGGACACCAAGUUGCUAAGAAGUUUGUCGACUCUGAGACCAGCAAGAAAAUUGACAUGAAAAGUAGAGGGGCAGCAAGAUGAAAAUAGGAAAAAAUAGUCCAAUGCUGGAUAAAUCUAGCGUUUGAUUGGAGAAUCCUGAAACUGGAGUAGUGGUGGCAUGCAUAGGGUUGAUUUCUGA